UACAGGACCAGACAAGUGACCUUGACUAAUGCGUCUCCUUUUUAGUUAGUUGUUCUCAAGGUCACCGAAGUUUAUUUCUAUCAAGUACUAGCACGAGAUCUCAAUCUUCUCAGAUAAUGGACUCGUUUAUAUAGAAUAAGAGCUGCUCAAUAGUGUUUGUAACAGUCAAAUACUAUGUAUAUGAAAAUGUCGGUGUACUUUGUUUAAGAUAAUUCACUCAUAUAGAGCGAUGGAAUUUAAUUCUGAAGCUUACAUGAAUGUUUCACCAGCGUUCAUUCUCAACAAACGGGCUAAUCUUCUCAGAAUAAAUGUAUCCUGGACAUGUGAAGAAAAUGGUCCUUAUCAUAGCAAGGUGUUUUGUGUCAAAGUUACCAUUAUUCCGCACAUAUCGCAUGAUUCUGAAGUGUAUUUUGGUAUUGGAAAAAGUAUUACAGAAGCAAAACAUAAAGCCGCUGAAAGUGCACUGCGCUCUUGCAAAUUAUUCCAAAGCAACUCUAAAUUCAGUUUAGAGUCAUCACGAAUGGAAAGCACUUGUAUAAAAGCAAAAAAAAGUGUGGAGCCUUUCAUUAUUCUUACUGAGUGUGUUUCAACUUCUGAUACUGCAACAGCACAGCUUAGACGACUUCUUAAUUUACUUGGUUCGAAAGUAAAACUCAAUUACUCAGGGCAUAUUGAAAAUGGCAGUUUGCCUAUUAUGCAUAAUGCAACGGCAGGUAUUGUUGGUCGGCAGUAUGUUGGAAGCGCAACAACCAAGUCAGGCGCUGAGCAAGAAGCAUGCAAAGCAGCUUUAGAGGCGCUACGUAGAUCUCUUUUGUCAUAUAUUAAAACACAGCAAAUGAAGAGAAAGGGAGCAGAUAAUUUUGAUAGAUGUGUUGAUCAUUUUAUUCAUCCAAAGUCACCAGUAUGGCGAUUACGUAUUCUUGCCGGUCUACAUUUUACUCAUCCCUACUUUAAGAUCAAAAAGUCAACUGAUUGUGAGCCAUACGGAUUUACUUGUACAUGUGUGUUAGAUGGUUGGAAGUCUACUGAAAGUUGGUCUACAUCGACAAAGAAAGCUCAAGAUGCUGCUGCUCAAUCAAUGUUGAAUAAUUUAAAUCAGAUUGAGAGUAAAUGUUCAACAGUUCAGUUGUUUAGUGAAGCAUUAGAUACUACACCAAAGUGUUCACGUACAAAAAAUACAAAAUUAUGCAAAACCAAGGUACAAUUCAAUCAUAAUCGGGCUUUUGAUGAAUCAGUACAUCCUGUUUGUAGACUGGAGUGUUUUCGAGCUUCAAAAAACUUGGAUAAAGUGAGAUAUAUUCUGUUAAAUGAACAGUCAGAACAUGGGAUGCAUCCAUCUUUGGCACCCUGUCGACCACCGUUUGUUUACAAGAUAGAGUUUAUGGAUAUAUGUAUUCAAGGUCCUGAAGCAAAUAAUAAACGCUUGGCUAAACGACUUGCUGCAGAAUUAUUACUUGCAAAACUAAAACUAUGUAAUCAGGAGACACCUAGAGUUAAAAGUGUUCUUCGAGCAUCAAUCACCUCAUCACCAUCCACUAAUCAUGAUAAAAAUGAUAUUUCAGAAAAUCUUCUCUAUGAUAUUACUGCAUUGCCGGAAAUCAGUGACAGUGAAGAAAAGUCAAUAUCUACGACUGAUAAAUCAAACAACCUACAGCAUCAUACUGUUGUUAGUGAGGAUCAGCAUGUGAAUUUCAGUUGUACCAGUGAUAUUCUCGUCUUUGAUGAUCCAAUGAACUGUGGUUCAUUGGGAAAACGAGUUUCUCGUCCUACAAAAAGGAAGCGUUUCAAGCCUGAUGUACCGUGCACUAAACAGUACUCUCGUUGUCAUUCAAGCAUACAUCUUUCAGUGAAUGAAACCAAAAAUUUAUUGCAGAACUAUUGUCCUCUGUCACUAUCUCAUUCAUCAUCGCCAAAUUCAAUGUCUGAUGCAGAAAAGAAGCACGAUAUUGACAUUUUCGAUAAAAGUAUUGGUUUUUGGACAGAUCCCAGAAAGCCAAAAUCCAACGGUAGAUCUUAUAUUCGAAGCAAUUCAGAAUCCAAUUUAGCUAGCAACCAUUGGUAUUGCAAGUCAAACUGUAUCUGUGAUGGUACAGUCCCUAAUGUUAUUUCAGAUUGUACAAUUGCAAAAUCAAAUAUAAGACUACAGAUUUUGGCUCGUGUGGCCGCUUAUUGCUUAAAAGAACACACUUCUAAUUCCUCACUUUCAGUGAAUACAGCAGCAGAAUUACCUACUGGCAGAUUCAUCAGCUUAGCCGAUCAGUUAGUCUUGUUAUGCAGGCGUCUGUUGGUCCCUUGUCAUUUUAUUGAUUAUCCACCUAAUUUGGAUAUUAACUACAAGAAGCGGGAAGGACUGGAUUCAAGACAUUGUCAGUACAUAGUUAUUCUGUUAGUUGGUGCAAAUCCUACAAACAAUACCAUAACACUGAACUAUUCAGAAAAAAAUGAUGACUAUAUAUCAGUGAAGGCAUCAGAUUUUACAAGAAAUGCAGCCAAACAAAAAGCUGCUCAACUUGUAGUCCAGUGCUUAGCAAAAUUAAUCAGAUAAUCGCACCUUAUACUUGAGAGUGAUAUAUUUUCGUUUUAUAUUCUUACUUUUAUUUGCAUUGAAUUAACUACUCGUAGUCAUGUAGAGGCUGAUGCAUUUAUUGUUUUUGAUUACGCUUUAUAAUAAUAUUUAUGUAUUCAUUUAUUGCUGUUACGAUCUCUAGUGCUCAUUUUUCAUCGAUUUUUUAAAAUUGUUUCUUAUCAUUGUAUUCAUUUAUACACUGUCAUAAGUGGCCUUCGACUUUUCAUUAUGAUAAAUUUACUACAUUCAUGCAAGUUCUGUCUUUUAUUAAAAUGAUGGGAAGAAAGUGCUUGUACAUGUUGAAUGGCAUUUCAUACAGAAAUCAAGGUAUUUUUGAAAAUGGGAUUGUUUAGAGAAUUCACUCUUGUUUUUAUUGAUACUAAGCGUUUAAUGUAUAAAGUUAAAAACUGCUUAUGCUGUUAGCGAUAGUGGAUAUAAUUUCACGUGCUUAAUUACACACUGUGAGCAUCGUAACUUCUUGUACAUAAAAUUCAAGAUUCGCUUGUAAAUUUAUGUUGUACUGAAUUAAAGAAAAAA